CCAUGCAGCGCUUUAAAAAAAACAAUAAUACAAGUAUAAAAUGAAAAGUUUUGCUGAUUAAAAAUAGAAAGAAACUACAAAAGUAUUUUAUGAAUUUCUUGAGAGGUAAUUAUGAAAGCUUGCAGUACACAGGACAAUAGUGUUGAAAGUGAAUUCUGUAAAUUGCCAAAAAGACAGAAAAAAAACCUGAGUAACGAAAAAGCUUCCCUAAUGAGGAGACGUGAAAAUUUUGUAAAAGCGUGUAGGAAGGUGUCCUUCCAGGCAUAUUCCAAUUAUCGCAAACGGAUGCUUUUAUCAUACAUGCCAAGUUGUUUGACUGGAGCCUGCAAGCAUUCUAAGGUUAAAGAAGGUAUUCCUGAUUAUGCUGUAGAAUCAUUUAAGGUGGAAAUAAACAAUCAUAUGUGGCUAGAAGCUGUGGACAUAUGUCAUAUGAGUAUAUCCCCCCAUUAUUACUUAUCAGACGAUAUUCUAAAGGGUUUAGUGCUUAUAAUACUGAAUGCCCAUGACAGCAAAGAACAAGCAGCAAGUUAUGUUAUUGAUAAAUGCCAACAAAUACUGUUCCAAAAUUUUAACACUCAUCCACCUUGUUUAUUGAAUUCUGAUAGAAAAAAUUCAGUGCGAGAUUGUUAUAGUCACUUCCUCUUGUCUCAGAUGAUUUUUAAGAUUAAAAAUAAGAAUGAAAAUAAGAUAGUAACUGAAACUGAGAGAGGGAUAGUGACAAGCUGUAUUAAAAGAUUACAGUAUGAGCUACAAAAGGAGAAUCCUGAUGGACCAAUUUUAACCAAAGAAGACUUGAAACCAAAUGAACAUUUAGAUUACGUACAAUGUAUAAAUUUUGAAAAAGUCAUUGAAACAUUUGAAACUUUAAAUAAAACAGAAAGAAUUAUGCGACUUAUGGCUGUUUUAGAAAGUGUUGUAGAACUUUUGCAAUUUGAUUUAGCUAUUUGGUAUUUCAGUUCAGUUACACAUGGUCGGCGAUUGAAAAGAUCAGAUAAACCUCUAAUGAGACUUGUUUUGUGGCCAAAUGAAAAUAUAGAAAUUAAUAAAAAUGGUCUCAGUUUACAAAUCGCUAGGCUGUUUGUUAAUAUGAUACAUCUAAAUUGCCCUGAAGACUAUAUAAAAACUAUGACAAUUUUACUGAAUAUAACAAUAGAAACUAUUUAUCAGUGCGACUUGAACUUUGCUAAUGAUUACCCAAAUUUAGGAAAACAUGUUAGUGCCUAUGCAACUGAAUUCUAUGAAAUUAUUCAAGGUAUGCCACCCGACACUAUAAUAAGAAUUCUAGAAUAUAUGCAUCCAACAUUCAUCAGAAGUAAAAUUGGAACAAUGUAUCUUCAAAAGGUAUUGAGUAUAGAAGGAGAUUGUUUAUUCAUUAUAUUGAAAAAGUUUUUAGAGGAAUCUCUUUGGAAAAACUUUCCUGUUUCUAAUCGUUUAAUAAAAACAGCCCCAAGUGUGUUUCCUGUACCAAAGAAAAUUUCUCAUAAAUUGAAAUAUUUGCAAAGAAAAUGUCUAUCAGCAAUGUGCGAGGAAGAUUCUGGUGAAAACUUCUGUCAACUCGAUUAUUCAAAACAAGAGACAAGUGUUGUUCAUCAAGAGCAUAUGUUUCACAUUUUGUAUGUAUCUUUAGAUGCAUAUUUGGAUGGAUUCAGCAUUCCAAAUCACAGGGAUACUAUUCAUCAGAUGAAUUUGCUUGAAGGAAAUUGUAUAGAUAAUUCAGAAAAUGAUGUUCAAUGUACAGUAACAGAGACAUUUGUAAAGAUGUACAAGCGUACUUAUGAAGCUUUGAAAGAAAUCACUCUGUUAUUUGAUGCCCUAAAAGAUUCUGGUAGGAUGCCUCCACCUGAUUUAAUAUCUAAAAUGAAAAAUAUUGGUCUCUUUGAUAGUUUACAAUGAGUAUUCCGAAAUUUCCAGACGCAUUUGAAAAUAAAAAUGUAAUUGAGCCAUUUGUAAGUAUAGAUAGAUUUAUCUGCACAAAAAUAUUAAGAUUUUUUUAUAGGGCAGGCCCCCAGUGUCAACAUAAUUGUGCAAUAACUUCAUACAUAAAUAUCAGUAAAAUUAAUUUGCAUAUCACUCUGAACCAAAAAUCUGUCAGGUUUGUUUACGCUGUUGUGACAGUAACUUUUAAAGAUAUUAUAAAACGGAAGAGAAAUAAAUCUUGAUGCAGUAAAGAAGGUUAUU